CGUCGGUCAGCUGAUCGCGGACGAGGGUUUUGGUGUGGAUGGUCCGCGCCGCUGAGAGGGGAGAGAGUCGAAGGAGGUGGAGGAGGAGCCAGUCGCCGCCGCCGCGAUGCCCUCGGAAAAGAGCUUCAAGCAGCGACGCACUUUCGAACAAAGAGUAGAAGAUGUCAGACUUAUUCGAGAGCAGCAUCCUACAAAGAUACCAGUAAUCAUUGAAAGGUAUAAAGGAGAAAAGCAACUUCCCAUUCUGGAUAAAACAAAGUUUCUGGUCCCAGAUCAUGUCAACAUGAGUGAGCUGAUCAAGAUUAUCAGGCGUCGGCUGCAGCUAAAUUCCAAUCAAGCUUUCUUCUUACUGGUGAAUGGACACAGCAUGGUGAGCGUUUCAACACCAAUUUCGGAGGUGUAUGAAAGUGAAAAGGACGAGGACGGAUUCCUGUACAUGGUGUAUGCCUCUCAGGAAACAUUUGGAAUGAAAUCUGUGUAAACCAUCCCCAGUGGCUUGUAGCCUAGGAUAGUUUUUACCCCUCCCUCCCACAGGAAAAAACAAAGGGAUGUCACCAACCUGCUCACAGUAGUUGUGCUUAGCGGGUGUUCUCACCGUACUGUUUUAUUUGUGAAUAUUGAACAGAUGAGUGCCAGUAUAGACAAGCAGCGCAGCUUUGUAGACCUGCUAUAAAAUUUGCACAGGCACAUUUGCUUUAAGCCUCUGGAAUUUUAAACUAUACUGUAUGUGUGUGUGUGUUAAGUUGCCAAUAAAAGGGAUGUUUGCAUUAAUCAUAGAAAAUGGGCUAGCAUUUAGCAGCAAACUGAAAUACUUGCGUGUGACAUCUCAUAAUGUUAAGUCAUGUUUCAGCUCCCGAAAACUGCUUUUUAAGAAAGGGAACAAAUAGGAGUAAUGGUCUGCUUCUUUUAACCUUUUUUGAUAGAUCAGUGCAUGUGAUGAAAGGGGCGGGCAUUAAUUCAUUGGUACUGUUACCUUAGAAGGCAAAACAUCAGAUUGCUAAUUAUUAUUAUAUACCAAACAUCACAGCUUUAUGCUAGUUUUAGGAAAUAUAUACAUAACUGUUGUCAAAGAAAAGCUUCAGUCUACCCAGAGUUUGGUAUUCUGUUCUACACUUUGUUAAAUUUAUUCUAAUUAAAUCAACCCAAACCCUCAGCAAAGAGGACUUCAUUUUGUCAGUCAGAAAGCAUUGGGAGGUAGCAGGGUUUUAAGAUUAGCCAAUUGCCAAAGUAAUACAGUAAACAUUGGCAAGCCUCACAGCUGUUGAUGUUUCUUUAUAUUUAGCAUAUUAACCUCGCUACCCAAGUUCUUGAUUUUCAUUGAAAUACAUGAAGAACAUUUUUGUAUUUCCUCAUUGGCAGAAAGUCCUUGUUUCCUUUAGCUGCAUUUCAAACUAUCAAAACUCAAAAAGAUUUUCCCUUUGUUUUAGACUGGGCAAUAUCUAAAGUUGCAAAGAAGCUUGAUCACUGCUUCCAGUUGCAUAGGGAAUUAAAUUUUGCAGUAAACAGGGUAUGUCCUGUGCAAAAGGAAAGUAAUUCAGAUAGUGUCCUGCUUCCCCAUUUGUUAUACAGUGAAAUGUAGUAAGCUAAGACUUAUCCUUGUAUAUUAAUGCAUGUGAAUUUAAUUAUAUGUUAUAGCAAACAAAUUUUUAUUAUGUGGAGAAAAGAGGCUAAAUCUUGACAUGCUGUAAAAUAUCAAUAUGACAUGCAGUUUCUACCUUUGCAUGCAUCUGUUCAAUCCUUGCUUCUAACAAGUUCACUGUGAGCUUUUACUUCACUGUAAAAUUUUUAAGUCUUCUGUUCAGUUACUAUUUCUUCAUAAGACAGCCAUCCUUACAAUGGGCUAAUGGCUGCUCUUGUAUAAAUGUUGAUUUUUCUUUUGUUUUUUAAAGUGCUGAAAUGGAUGAUUCCAUCUCAACUUGAUUAGAAGUUAAGCUUAUAUACAAGUCCAUUUUAAAAUGAUCUUAAUGCUGUAUAUGAAGAGCAGUAGACAGAAUUGAACAAAAGCUUUCAGCCUCCCACAACUUUGGCUCAGAUUCCUUUACUACUGUUGCAGAAUAGAACAUUGUCACAAAAGUAGGAGAUUCUGUGGCCAUACUAAUGACACUUGUGAAGAUGCUUGAGCUAUGAAAAACAACACUGCCUGCUUUCUGAGUGUGGGCAAGAUACUGGAUUCCAAAUGAAACAACUGAGAAUUAAGUACCUGUAUGAGAACAUGGAAAAGCUCCUGACGGAAGAAACUGAUAUCCCAGGCUGCAGUGUGGCUUUUCUGUACCCUUCAAAGCACCUACCUAAAAUGGACAACUUGCAGAUAAUGCUGUUGGAUAGCUCUGCAGUACCUGUCUACAGCUGCCACAUUUGAGACAAUGCAUGUUUAUGUUAGCCUUUGGUUGAACCUGCUGCGCUUGCAGUAAGUUUUCUUUAGCCUCCCACUGAAAAUGGAAAAAAAAAUAUUAAAAGUGAGGAUGUCUGAAAAGACA